CCUCCCGCUCCCUCCUUCUCCGCUGGAGGAAGGUGCAGAGCAUGGAGAAUGAUGAACUUCCGCCAGAGGAUGGGAUGGAUUGGUGUGGGGUUGUACUUGUUAGCAAGUGCUGCAGCUUUUUAUUACGUCUUUGAAAUCAAUGACACUUACAACAAACUAGCACUGGAGCACAUUCAGCAACACCCCAAGGAGCCACAGGAAGGAACCACAUGGAUGCACUCCUUAAAAGUACGACUGCUAUCCUUGCCUUUUUGGCUGUGGACUAUAAUAUUUUUAAUACCAUAUUUACAGAUGUUUUUGUUCCUUUAUUCCUGUACAAGAGCUGACCCCAAAACUGUUGGGUAUUGCAUCAUUCCUAUCUGCCUGGCUGUUAUUUGCAAUCGUCAUCAAACAUUCGUGAAGGCCUCUAAUCAGAUCAGUAGAUUACAACUCAUUGACACAUAGCUCAGUUUCUAGUUUCCUUAGCUGUUUUGAAGCAAUUGCAUAUGCCUGAUCUAAUCACAAGACUGAAGUUCUGUGUGAAGGCUGGAAAAAGCCUUUUCUUUCAAACUGUUAAGCAAUGAUGAGAGUGACUGUUUUCUAUUUAAAAAAAAAAAAAAAGUAACUUCAAAGGUUUUUAAAUAUGGGUCUAUGAAAAUGGCCAGAGUGGGAGAGCCCUGUGUGACACUUGAUGGAAGUAUUUCUCAUUUUGCCUUAAUGAUGCAAAAUUGCAACACUCCAUCUGAGACAUCCUGUGGGGAAAUAAGUUUCUGGUCUAUGACUUUACUCCUCUGUGCAAAAAAGUGAUUUCCUGUGUUUUCCCUUGGAGUAAAAUCAAUGAAAAGAUACUUCUUUUGUGGUAAAUGUAAAAGGAAAAAAAAAUCAGAACAUGAUUAUAAAAGCUGCACUUAACGCAAUUUUUUGCUUUUUCUUUUCUUUCUUCUUUUUUUAAGUAAGUAAUUCGUAUCUACAUCAGUGCUGGUUUUCAAUGAAUUUUUUAAAAAUAAGCUUAGCUAUAAAUACAGGAAGCAAAGAAUAAAGUUCGUGCGAACAUUUAAAGAGAAAAAGGUACUUUUUUCUGUGGUAGCAUACUUUUUUUUUCAGUGACCACAACAGUACCGUGUUGUAGUAGGUAGGCAGUGAGGAGUGGCAUAGGCCUGGAGGCUGGUGCUGUAAACUCUUUCCUAUGAUGUCAAAAGCAGCUUGUGCUGGCAUUGGCCUAUAGUCUGCACAAAACUUCAUUUGUGUUUCCUUCUCCUAUCUGUAGAAAUCUCCUUUGAUAAAAUCACAAGUGUUUGGAAUCUACUAUCAUUCUAAUUUCAUUCUGGAUAUGGAUGCAAAACUGUGUUCUGGGAGCACUGAUGUAUUAGGCAAAACUUUGAAUUUGGGAAAGUUAAAUGGUUGGGGGGAUGCUACAAGCAGAUUGUAAGACAGAUAACCAUGUUCAAGAAAUUCGAAGAAGCAAGAUACCUUCUUCUAAUUCUUGCGAUGAAUGCAAAUUUCUUCAGUCAUACUGAAAUUCCACUGAGAUUUCUUACUGUAGUUUCAACCUCUAUUUUUCAGUGCUAUUUUGGCAUAGCAUUUAAUUCUAACUACUGGAUUGUCUAUUUUGAGUAAUACCAAAUACGUUCUUUCUUCUUGUCCUUUUUUGUUUCGUCUUAGAAUAACUAAAUUUUUGAGCCAGCCAUGAUGGAAGUAACCUUCCGAAUGUGCAAACAGUGCAAAAUAUGCUCUUCAAAAGCAGUAGGCCCAAAACAAUUAUGAACUAAACUCCUUGAUUAUAAUUUCAAUUGUAUGUGAUUGUCAGUACCUAAUAAUCACAAAUGCUAAUCCAUUUCUGACUACUUUAAGGGAAUCCUGAAGAAUAUCAGCUUUCUUAUGCUUUGGAAAGAACACUAUUUUCAGUGUUGCUGUGUUUAAGCAUGGUAGUUACAACACCUUAAACUUUCUGUUUGCAUUUGGAGAUAUUUUGAGACACUGGUUUCAAAUGCCAGCAUCGGUGCUAGGACCUGAAAACAAUGUAGCCUUUGCAAGAAGGUUUUAAGUUCUAAGUGCAAUAUGGAAAGGCAGAAGCUGCCAUCUUAAUAUGCUGGAGUAAGAAUAAAGUAUAAACUCUGACUUGUA